AUGUGCAUCACUCAGAUAAUCCCCGAUGAUCCCAAGAUAAAGCGCCUCUCCAUGCGUGGCCGUCGUCGCGCUCCUCGCGCUGGCGCUGCUCUUUGCCCGCUCGUGGCUGUUGCCUGCCGCAGCUCCGCCGGGUCCGCCCCGCACUGCCGCGCCGGCGUCUGCCUCGCCCUGCAGGCCGACUGGCUCCCCCGGCCUCGCUCGCAUCCAGCCCCCCGCGCAGGCACGCGCCCACGUUGCUGCAGGACGCCUGCACUCCGCCUGCGCCGGUCCCGCGCCUGUCCACCGGGUCACCGGGAGCUGACCUCCCGUAUGCCGGCCUCCCACGCGGCAGAUGCUCCUCCGCCCGUCGCCGGCUACGACAGGCCGGCUCCGCCCGUCACCGCCUCCCCCAACCACGCUGCCGCGUUGCCCGCUGCGCCGGCUGCGGCUCCCUGCCGCCUCCCGCGCCCGACGUCCGACCUCCGUGCGUUCCCGGGUCCUCUAUCGCCGCUCCACCAACUGCGCGGGCCGGCUCCGCCUCCCGCCCGCAGGCUGGGUCAGCUCGCCGUUCGCCGGCUCCGCCCACGCGCUCGGCCAUGGCGCCGGCUUCUCUGUGUCCCGCGCUGGCUUCGGGUGGCCGCCCCGCGCGCAGCCGCAUCCCGCCUCAGGCCGGCUCCUUCCGGGCUUGCCGGCUUCCGCUCACCCGGCCGCUGCCGUGCCUCCGGCCGACUCCGCCUUGCCGCCGCGCCCGGCCGACUCCUGCAGCACCCGGCCGCCGGGUCACUGGCGCCCCCACCUCCGGCUUUGUCCCUCUCCGGCAUACGUCGCUCCUUGCCGGCUCCCCCCCAGCUCGGCUGGCUCCCGAGCACCGCCACUUCCGCACCGGCUCCGCCCCUGCCGAGACGCCUCGCCCGCCCCCCGGCUUCCGCGGGCCAGCUUCACCUCGCCUCGGCCGCCUUCGCGCCGACCCGGCCCCCGUCCCGGGCUGCCUCCUCGCGGCCGUGCCGGCUUCCAGCGCCCCCGCGCACCCGGCCCGGGCCGGCUCGCCGCCUCUUCCGCACCCUGCGCAGGCCGGCUCCUCUGUCCUGGCCACCCCCAAACUCGCGCCUCCGCCUGGCCCGUCGGCUGGCCGCCCGCGCCUCGUCGGCUCGUGCCCCUGCCGCGGCCGCGCGCUGGCUCUGGCGGAUCCGCCCCUGGCCACGCCGGCUGCGCCGGCUGCCCCGCCUCCCAGCCUGCCCGCUGCGACCAGCGCAUCCUGUGGCAGGCUGCUCCUGA